AAUGAAACUAGUGAUAUUUUUAAUUGUUGUAUUGUAAUUAAAUGGAAGCUUGCUUAGAAACAGAAAAGAUUAGGUGAAACAAUAAGUGAUUAAAGUAAGAAUUGAUAUAGAUGUAAAGUAAAUAAGAGAGACAAUAAAGAAUCCAUAUUCGCCAUUGUACCAUUCAUCAUAUAAUCGAUUGGCAUAUUAUGUUGAUACAUUUGGUCCUAGAAUGUGGGGUUCUGAAAAUAUGGGAGAUGCAGUAGAUGCAUUAAUAGAAGAAUUAGAAAGUUUAGGUUUUGAUAGAGUAUGGAGAGAGAAUAUAGGAAUUAUAACAUCUUGGGAAAGAGGUGAAGAGAGUGUUACAUUACAUAAACCAAGAGAAUAUCCAUAGAGAUUAAAUAUGAUUGGUUUAGGAUGGAGUCCAGCAGGAAAAGUGAGAGCAGAAGUAGAAGUGGUUCAUUCAUUUGAAGAAUUAAGAAAUAUUGAUGUAAAAGGGAAGAUUGUUUGUUUUAAUUAUGAAUGGAAAGGAUAUUCUUCAGGAAUAUAAUUUAGAACAAAUGGACCAAGAUUAGCAGAGGAGGCAGGUGCAAUAGGUACAAUAAUUAGAAGUGUUGCAAGUGUAUCAAUUGAUUCACCACAUACGGUAGAUAUAUAAAUUAAAAUUAAGGGAAUGACAAAUUAUUAAAAUUUAAAAUAUCCAGCAGUUGCUAUUACAGUAGAAGAUGCAGAUAUGAUAGAUAGAAUGAGAAAGAGAGGAUAGAUAGUAGAAAUAGAAAUAAUAACAAAUGGAAAAUAAUAUUAAACUACAAGUGAUAAUGUUUUAGCAGAAAUAAGAGGAUCUAAAUAUCCAGAUGAAAUUUUAUUAAUGGGUGGUCAUUGGGAUUCAUGGGAUGUAGGAUCAUAAACUGGUGCUAAUGAUGAUGGAGCUGGAGUGAUUGAAUGUUUAGAGGUUCUUAAACUCUAUAAACAUUUGGGUAUUAGACCUAAGAGAACUAUUAGAUUUAUUGCUUGGAGUGGAGAAGAAAUGGGUAUGGCUAAUAAUGGUGCAUAACAUUAUGCUAAAAAUCAUUUAUAAGAAAAUCAUAUACUUGCAUUUGAAUCAGAUCUUGGAUCUACUAAACCUUAUGGAUUUGGAAUUACUGCAGGAGAAAAAUUUACGUAUCACAAUCAUUCAUUUAUAGAUAACUUGUCAGUUAUUUAGCUUAAGAAUAUUUAACUGAAAUUGGAACAGAAAAGAUUUAUCCUAAUGAUGGCGUUUCAGCUGAUAGUGGAGCAUUAAGAAAUAUUGCAGGAACUCCAGUCUUAAAUAAUAAAAUUAUUGACAAUAAAACUCAUGACUUUUAUUUCACUUAUCAUCAUACUGCUGGAGAUUCUAUGUGGAUGAUGAAUCCAGAUGAUAUGGAUGAUAAUGUUAUUGCCAUUGCUAGCAUCAUGUAUAUAAUUGCAGAUCAUGAUGAUCCUCUACCAAAAAAUUGAUUCC